UCCUUCCACCUUCUUUCUUUCCCUCAUGCUCCUGCAGCAAGAGAGGUAGUGGAAGAAGUUAUUCGUGAAGCAUUUAGAAAUUUAAUAGUCAUAUAUUUGAUAUUUUUAUAGUGUAACAGCUAAAGCGAAUAUUUUGUAGCUAUGACUAAUGAAGAAAUCAAAGGUGCGGAGGCAGAGGAGGACCAGCAGGCCCAGUCGAAGAAAGGGCUGAAGAAGCAGCAGAAGGAGGCGGAGAAAGCGGCCAAGAAGGCUGAGAAGCAGGCCAAGCUGGCAGCUGAGCAGCCCGGUGCAGAUGAGGAGGAUUUUGCCAAGGACCGGUAUGGUGUUCCACUAAUGGUCCAGUCCAGAGAGAAACUGGACAGGGUGUUGGUCCGUGUCCAGGACCUGACCCCGAAAAAGGCGGACCAGCUGAUCUGGGUGCGCGCCAGAGUUCACACCAGCAGGGCCAAAGGGAAGCAGUGCUUUCUGGUCCUGCGUCAGCAGCAGUUCAACGUGCAGGGCCUGGUCGCGGUCGGCGACCGUGCGAGCAAGCAGAUGGUCAAGUUCGCCGCCAACAUCCCCAAGGAGAGCAUCGUGGACGUGGAGGGCGUGGUCAGGAAGGUGGAGCAGAAGAUCGAGAGCUGUUCCCAGCAGGACGUGGAGCUGCACAUCGAAAGGAUUUUUGUGAUCAGCCAGGCAGAGCCUCGUCUGCCCCUGCAGCUGGAGGACGCGGUCCGCCCAGAAGGAGAGGGGGACGAGGAGGGAAGAGCGACUGUCAAUCAAGACACCAGGCUGGACAACCGAGUGAUAGAUCUGAGGACGACGACCAGCCAGGCCAUCUUCCGCCUGCAGUCGGGGGUCUGCCAGCUCUUCAGAGAGACCCUCACCAACAAGGGCUUCGUGGAGAUACAGACCCCUAAAAUCAUUUCUGCGGCCAGUGAAGGGGGGGCCAACGUCUUCACCGUGUCCUACUUCAAAACCAGCGCCUACCUGGCCCAGUCUCCUCAGCUCUACAAGCAGAUGUGCAUCUGCGCGGAUUUCGACAAGGUCUUCUGCGUGGGUCCAGUGUUCAGGGCAGAAGACUCCAACACACAUCGGCACCUGACCGAGUUUGUAGGUCUGGAUAUUGAGAUGGCGUUCGACUACCAUUACCACGAAGUGAUCGAAUCCAUCACUGAAACCAUGGUCCAGAUCUUUAAAGGGCUGAGAGACAGGUUUCAGACGGAGAUCCAGACGGUGAAUAAGCAGUACCCCAGCGAGCCCUUCAAGUUCCUGGAGCCCACCCUGAGGCUGGAGUUCACCGAGGGCGUGGCCAUGCUGAGGGAGGCCGGGGUGGAGAUGGGCGACGAGGACGACCUCAGCACACCCAAUGAAAAGCUCCUUGGUCGCCUUGUCAAGGAAAAGUAUGACACCGACUUCUAUGUGCUGGACAAGUACCCCCUGGCGGUGAGGCCGUUCUACACCAUGCCAGACCCCAUCAACCCCAGGUACUCCAACUCGUACGACAUGUUCAUGAGGGGGGAGGAGAUCCUGUCGGGGGCUCAGAGGAUCCACGACGCCCAGCUGCUCACCGAGAGGGCUGCUCACCACAGCAUCGACCUGGAGAAAAUCAAGGCGUACAUCGACUCCUUCCGCUACGGAGCCCCACCUCACGGCGGCGGUGGCAUAGGACUGGAGCGAGUGACCAUGCUGUACCUGGGGCUCCACAACGUGCGCCAGACGUCCAUGUUCCCCCGCGACCCCAAACGCCUCACCCCGUGAGGUCGCAGCUGCUGCCUGGGAAAUUAACGAUCGUCCUCACAGCCAAGAAAGCUCAAGUGCCACACUCAUCCACAAACAUUAAACCCUCUAACCUUAGACGGAAAAUAAAGAUAAUAUAAGUCUGACUUAGGAAGUUGGUGUAAUGAGUAAUAUAUUAUUAAAGGUUUACAGGGAAUCUAUUGAAGGGGAAAAAAUGAGAACUGCAAGAUAAGGGCCAUAAUCUGAGGUGAUGCAGACCCAUGUGUAAUAAUGAUCUUUUGUUGUAGGUACCUAUGUGCUUUUAGGCAUCCUGCACUUGAUUAUUUGUGUCUCACUACAGGGAUUUGGUUGUUUAAUUAAGGACAAAUAUUCUACAAAUCAUCCCAUAGCAAUAGUUGUUGGUCUUUUUUUUUUUACUAAUUUGGAAAAAAAAAAUCAGCAGGGGAAUAAAAGUAUUUCAGAUUCA